GUGACACCAUCUAUGGCCACAUCGGUGACAUUGAUCCCACAGGAAGCAUCUCCUUCAGUGUCCAUCAGGGGAGAAGAGGGAGGUGGGGACGUCUGGUUCAGCUCCAUGGUGGAAGGGCACCCUCCCUCCCUCUGGUUCUCCUCGCCACGCUCUUCUCCAGUGAGGAAAACUGCAGUCUUCGUGUCCUCAGAAGCUCCAAGCAGCCUAUUUGUCCCCAAAUGAAGCUGCUUUUUGGGGCGUUUCUGCACAAUCACUGGUCAGGCAUUGAGAGCACUGGGCAGUUGCACACAGCCUGCCUCUUCUCCCGUCAAAAUUCUGUUGGUCUUGCGGGAAAGGAGAUGUUUUGUCUGAGCAAAUACCCCAGAGGAUGAACACUGCAGCAGUUAUAUCUUGCUGUGAAAGAAUCUUGAUGCUUUUAGGAUUCAACCUGAUAUCUCAUUAGACUGCGUGAGAAUCCCUCUCCACCAACUUCAUCCUGCACCAGGCCUGGGUGAGAAUUUGGAAUUUGUUGUCUGAGCCAUCACUCUGGAUUCACUCCAAUUGGUCUGAGGGCUCCAGAGCCCUCCUGGACUGGCUGGUACUCACUGAGGGAAGCUGGUGGCAAAGGGGGUGGCUGGGGACAGCAGACACGACCCCACAUCCCUCCCUGCAACCCUACACAAGAAGCACCCACUUCAUUCACCCCCACCAAAGUUUUGGGGUGGCAGAAGAGGGGAGGGGAGAGGCUCUUGGGCACUGCUGGGAUAGCACGUCCCCAAGCAAAGCAGGGUGUCACAGCCUGUCCCACUCACAUUGGAAUCACUAGGAAAAGACAGGAGCUGGGUGGCUGCCCCCUCACGCAGGUGCUGCUGAGCUGGGUGCCGGGGACAGAGAGUCCGGCAGGGCCAGGCUCAGCAUGGCACAGCACGGGUGUGACAGCCAGGGUGGCAGUGACAGCGGGGCCAGGGCAGUGAGUCACCCCCCCCACCCCGUGCCUCGCUCCACCCCUGGACUUUGCCUCCCGCGGAUGCUCAGGGCAAUAAAUCCCAGGCUCGGAGGCGGGAAUGGGGCGCCAGGGAGGGCACAGGGGUCCCCCCUGGAGCCUGCGCUGUGCAGGGGGAUUUGCAUGAGUGAGGGGAUGGGGAGUGGGAUCGGGAGCGUGAUCAUGGGAUGAAAGAGUGCCUGAGGCAGCGGGCAGGAGUGCGAGGGUGCGUCACACAGGCAGGCAGGACAUGCAGGUGGCAGUGUGACGCUUGUGCACGGCAAGGACCUGCCGGGAGAAGGUCACCUGUGCGCCAGGACACCUGUACGUGUGUCCCGGCCACUGUCACCGCCGCGGCCCCAGCCCCGCGGCGGGCGGGCCCGGCGGGCGGGUGACAGCCGCACCCUGGACCGGGCGGGUGCUUCCCGCCUCCCUGUCCCCAUCCCUGUCCCCGCCGAGGCCACUCGGGCUCCGUGGCCUCACCGGACACCCCCAUGCAGCGGGAGCGCGGGGAGCAGAGCCCAGGAGCCCCCGAAACCGAGGUCAAGGCUGUCAUCGUGGGGGAUGGAGGCUGCGGGAAGACGUCACUGCUGGUGGCAUUCGCCAAAGGGGACUUCCCCAAGGUCUAUGUCCCCACCGUGUUCGAGAAGUACACAGCAUCCCUCCAAGUUGCCGGCAAGCCCGUGAAGAUCCACCUGUGGGACACAGCAGGACAGGAAGACUAUGACAGGCUUCGCCCUCUGUCCUACUCAGAUGCCAACGUUGUCCUCAUGUGCUUUGAUGUCACCGACUCCAACAGCUUUGACAACAUCCUAACAAAGUGGUACCCGGAGGUGAACCACUUCUGCAAGGGGGUCCCGGUGCUGCUGGUGGGCUGCAAGACGGAUCUGCGGCAGGACCAGGAGGUGCUGCAGAGGCUGAAGGACGGACGGAUAGAGCCCGUCUCCCGCCAGCAGGGAGAGGCCAUGGCCCGGCAGGUCCGCGCCGUGUCCUACAUGGAAUGCUCGGCCAGGUACCAGGAUAACGUCGGGAACAUCUUUGUGACAGCCUGCAGUGCCGCCAUCAGCGCCGCCCGCCGGAGGCAGCGCAAGGCGGGACCCAGGAGGGUCUGCGCGAUCCUCUGAGCCCCCCGGCUCGGCACAGCCCCCCGGGGUCUCCUGCUGUCCCUGAGCUCCGACCGCACCGCGGCUGCUGCCACACCUCUGCCUCCGCCACCGGAGUGCCGCUGCCACCCUCCCGACCCGGGGCUGGCACCUCCGGUCACCACGGGGUGACAGCAGGAAAGCAUUCCUGGCAUGAACUGUCACGCCUGCAUCCCAGAGUCCCUUUCCCACUGGGGAUGCCAGUGUCCUGUCCCGGUCCCGCCAGGAAUCCCAGCGUCCUGUGCCACCAUGGCUGCCAGCACCGCCUGCCAGCUGGGCUCUGGGGACACAGAACUGAUUUGGGACUCCCCUUCCCGCUGGCAGGCCAGUGCAGGAGGGUGACACCGGGUGACUUGCAGGGCCAUCUUCUGCCAUUAAAGUGACACAAAACUC